CUUGAAGUUGGAAUCUAUCCCGAUUCGUGGCCGCGUGGAAGUCCAAGUGGCUCCGCAAUGGAGGAUUGAAGAAAUGAGGGUCGGAGAAUUUCCACACGUCCAGCCAAUUGUCGCUCGGUGGCGAAGGGAAGGAAGAUCCGAGAAAAAUGAGGAUCUAGCGAUGGAAAAAUAAGAUCUCCAGUUGUUGCGAUUGAUUACGUAUGCAUCAUCUAGAAGCCGUGUGACUGACUAUUGGGCUUGCGGUGGUUCGACUCCACAGCCGUCAACACCACCGUAGCGAUCAAAAGCGCGGAGCUUUAAUUCUUGCUUUCCGUCCAUCGUUCCUCUUCCUCUCCUCUCGCAGCUCACUCAUGGUCCCUGAUCUGUUCCAGGACGAAUCCUCCGUCCUCAGCAGCCAUUUCACCUUCUCUAAUCCGAAACCGCGCAGAGGCGGCGAUGGGGGAGACGGUAGGGACGGAAGCGAUUACAUGGCGUGGGCUGAAAGAAUCAAAGCCAAUCGCGGCGGGUACUUCGACCGAUCCCACGGCCGCAGCGUCGGCGCGUGGACCCGGAGAAGUACCGCGACGCCGUUGAUGAGCAGCAGCCCCCCGCGAUACGUCAGGCACGGGUGGUUGUCGGCGGAUCAGGCCGAGGACGACGAUGGCUACGGUACUUCCUCGCCGACGCUGUGGAAGAACUCCGGUAAUUCUCCCACGUGGCACAGCAGGCGCGCGGGCCCCACGGCGAGAGCUCAGGAGAUCGCUCGGUACCGGCAGGAGAUGCUGGAGCUGGUGAGGGGGCUGCCGGAGUCGGAGUACGAGCUGUCGUUGAGGGACAUGGUGGAGGAUCGAGGACUGCUGGUGGAAGGAAAAGAGAGUAAAGAUGAAGGGGAGGAGAAGAGCAAGAUGCAGGGGAAACAGAGCACGGCGGCGACUGGGGGUCUCCUUCUCGGGAUGCGCUUCCCCUUUUCUGUCGGAGAUCGGAGGAAGCGGCUGAACAAGAGCGGUUUGGGCGGAAUCGGAAGCAGCAGCACCAGCAGCAACAGCUCCACCGGCAGCAGCAGCAGCAGCAGCUCCACCACCGCCGCCGCCGCCAUCACCGCCUACAGCAGAAGCAGAAACAAACAGAGAACGGGCAACUGCUACUGUUUCUUCCAGAGGAACGCAGCUGGAGACAUGGAUUGAAGGAGCUCCCUGUUUGACUGUUGGAUGCCAUGAUUAUGGCUGUAAGUUCUUAGGUGUUUUGCCUUAUAGAGGCAAGUAUUGUGAGCUUAAAAUGAUAUGUAAAAUAAUGUAGAAAUUAUCAAAGAAAAAGUUGCAUCAGUGGCACAGUUUGAGCAUCAA